AUGGAGGACAUGAAUGGGCUAAGACUCCAACAUUUCUUGAAGGAAAUAAAAGGAACUGAGUCUUUCAAAGAGAUCCCCGUUAUUACAGCAGAUAGUGAUCUCGAAGAGUUUAAGGCAACAAAGCAGAAAGUGUUAGACAAUGUAAUGAAAAAUUUGGAGACAGGUACAGUUUCUUAGAGAACGGCCCUGUGCUGGAAGCUGCUGCCGUGUUGGAUCCAGAUGUCUGGCCAACAGAUCAAGUUGAGCUUUCUACGUAUGGGAAUGUAGAAGUACUAGUGCUGGCAGACUAUUGUAAGGAUAACUUGGCUAUUGUCAACAACCGAAGUUGA